AUUAGUGGCUGUUGGCCGGUUGACCCGGCCAAUUUUUCAAACUGGCCUUUGACCAACGAAAAAAAAAAAAAGGCAAAAUUAUAAAAAACCGUGAAAACCAAAAAAAAAAAGAAGAGAUUUCCAAUUUUACCCUCACUUGAAAACGAAGCAAAGCCGAAGGAGACGGGAAAAUACUGUAGCACAGUCGACCCAGACACCGACAAAUAAGGAAAAACAGGAUACCCACUUGGCCAAAAUCCCUCUGAAGAAGGAUGGAAUAUCAUCUGGACGACGUUGUCAGACAGAUCCCUGGUAAAGUUACCUCGAAUUGUAACUUUACAAGCUUCGCUUUGGUAUUGGAUUUGCUGGACGACGAUCACGCAGAUAUAUUACGUCGAUCAUGCUUAUGGCCAUUGUAUUCGUUGCGUGACGUACAGUGGUCUGGGCAGCUGCUGGAUGCCCUAUUAUGUCGCUUGCUGAAGCCAGCUGACGGAGACGCCCUCCAUUUUGAUCUUGGGGGCAAGGUAGCCACGUUCUCUAUAUUUGAGUUUGCUCUCGUCACUGGACUGCGAUGUACGGAUGAUGCAGAGGCGAGGGCCUGUGUUCCGAGGAACAGGAGGCUGUUGAACGAAUAUUUUCAUGGACAGACGACGGUUACUCUAGCGCAGCUAGGAGAUGCAUUAAGGAGAUGUGAUCGGAUGUCUGAUAGGUUGAAGUUAGGAUUGGUGCUUAUCAUCGAGAGCAUACUCCGGUGUCAUCACAAGAAGACAUCGAUUGACAUUUUUCAUUUGGAGGUUGUUGAGGAUAUUGAUGCCUUCAACAACUACCCAUGGGGUUGGAGAUGUUUUCUUGAUACAUUACGCGUGUUUAGGAGGGGGUUUUCAAUGCCAAAGGGGGAUAAGCCCGAGCGCAAGUACGAUGCAUAUGGACUGCCGUUGGCGCUGCAGAUAUGGGUGUACGAGACUGUCCCUAUCUUGGCCAGUCGGUAUGCGAGGAGAGGAGAGACACGCUAUCCUCGGAUGCAUCACUGGCGAGCACAAGACAAGCCGCUUGCCAGACAGUUAUCGGCUCUCCUCGACGAUCCUGAGGUACGUAUUAUACAAUUGCUAUUUAUUCGCUCGCAAACGCCAAUGGCAACUGUCGUCAACGCAAAUAAUUAUGUACGUCGACUUGUUUGA